CAUAGAUCCCAGCGAAUAUGCGAACAGUAGGCCAAUUGAGAGCAUCUCAAUGUCUCUAUAGGCCGCGAUCGUCGCCGACGUUCCCUGUGCGGCGAACGUUUUCGACGUCGUUUCCUGUUUUCGAGGAUGCGCCGAAGCCCUCGUUGAGCGGGUUAUUCGGAAAGUUAUCGGGAGGUGCUGCUACGAAUAAAUGGGCGAAGGCGGCGGUACCGCUUACGCCGAAGGCGCCUGCGGGUGGUGAUAAAUGGGCCCCGCGACCGAUGGGAGGUGGAUUUGGAGGUGGAGGUAAUACGGGUCAGGGAAGAUGGGGACAGGAUGAUCGGGGAUCGCAGGCUCCGAGAUGGGGUCGGGACGAUGGAGGUGGUAUGGGCGGGGGUAACCGGGGACGGGAUGAUCGAGGUUCGCAACCUCCAAGAUGGGGACGAGAUGAUGGAGGUGGUAUGGGCGGGGGGAACCGGGGACGAGAUGACCGGGGUUCGCAACCUCCAAGAUGGGGACGAGAUGAUGGAGGCGGUACGGGCGGGGGUAACCGGGGACGGGAUGAUCGGGGUGGGCGGUGGAAUGCGGGUCGUGGAAAUGACGCUCCACGGUCCAACGGGGGAUUCGAUCGAGGUCGACCUGGCCCAUUCGUACAGGGUAGCAACAACUCUGGCAGGGAUGGUCGGGGUUCCCAACCUUCAAGAUGGAGUCGGGAUGAUGGCUUUGAACGGUCCAAUGGCGGAAGUGAUCGAGACCGACCUGGACAGCGGGGUCCGGGCAACAACGACCAACGACCAAACGGCGAAUCUGGUUUAGACCCAGACCGACCUUUGGUGGAAGAAGUAUUCGUGCCACCUGCAUCCGAUCGUCAGUCGGCCGCAUGGGCUGAAAGGAAUAAAGGAAAGGAAAUCGAGAGAGAAAGGAAGGAGAGACAACUGCUAAAAGAUAAGAGCAAGAAGCUAAAGAAGUCAUCCAGAGACGAGGAAGCACGUGGUUAUGGUGAUGAAGAUGACCUUGGCUUUGCCUUAAAUGAGGAUGGGGAUGAGCCCAGGAGGAAGAAGAAGAAGCCGGCGGUUGCGAAGAAGGUGGAGCCGGUUGACACUACCCCAAAAGUAUACCUUCCGCCUUUCAUUUCCGUUGUCAACCUCGCUACCAUACUCAACGUCCGCAGAUCGGUAUUGGUGUGGAAUAUGAGGCAGGCGGGUAUGGCGGAGACGAGUUACGACCACAUUCUCAACAAGGAGGAAGCAUCCCUUAUCGCAAUGGAGUUUGGUAUCGACCCAGUCUUCGACGAGCAGGCUGGAAAGGAUCUCUUCUCGAAGCCGGAGCCGAAGGACAAAUCGAAGCUUCCGCUCCGCCCUCCGAUUGUCACGAUUAUGGGACACGUCGACCACGGAAAGACUACACUUCUUGACUUCCUUCGUAAAUCGUCUGUGGCAGCGGGUGAAGCAGGUGGUAUCACGCAGCAUAUUGGUGCUUUCAGUGUUCCAAGGCCAAGUGGACAAACUAUCACCUUCCUUGACACACCUGGACACGAAGCUUUCUUGACCAUGCGUGAGCGUGGAGCGAACAUGACUGAUAUCGUCGUUCUUGUCGUUGCUGCCGAUGACUCUGUCAAGCCUCAAACCAUCGAAGCUAUCAAGCAUGCGCAGAAAGCGAAGGUCCCGAUGAUCGUUGCCAUCAACAAGGUUGACAAGGCCGGCGCCGAUGUCGAGAAGGUGAAGCAAGAUUUGUUGAGGCAUGAAGUCGAGUUAGAAGACGUUGGUGGUGAGACGCAGGCUGUCCCCGUUUCGGGAUUGACCGGACAGGGAAUGGAAGACUUGGAGGAAGCAAUCACGACCCUUAGCGAAAUGUUGGACAUCAGGGCGCAAUACACUGGUGAGGCAGAGGGCUGGGUAGUGGAGUCUUCUUCGUCACUCGAAAAGGGUACUUCUGCGACGAUCUUGGUCAAGAGAGGUACACUCAAGCUCGGAGCGUUCAUCGUCGCCGGAAAGGUCCAUGGUCGUGUCCGUACUAUGACUGAUUCAUUGGGUCAGUCGUUGAGACAGGCUCCGCCCGGUACGCCUGUGGUCGUUACUGGAUGGAAGGAAGUUCCCGUUGCUGGUGACGAGGUCCUCGAGGCACCGAACCAAAAGGUGGCGACGCAAGUCGUCGGAAACCGUAUCGCUCGUGCUGAAAAAUUGAAAGCAGCUGAGGAAAUGCAACUCUUCAACGAGAAGCGUCGUGCGGAUGCAGAGAGGAGGGAAAAGGAAAUCAAGUUGAUCGCGGCAGCCAAGAGGGGUGGUGCCAAGACGGGUGCUGCGAAGCUCCACGCCGAUCGUAUGUUGACUGAGAAGGUGGAGAAACCAACGUACCAGGAGGUGCGAAUCAUCGUCAAGGCUGACGUCAUGGGAUCCGUGGAAGCUGUCGUGCAUCAAAUCGAAACCAUCCACCACGAUGAGAUCCGCAUUAAGGUUUUGCAAACUGGUGUUGGUGAUAUCUCUGAGGGUGAUGUGUCGUACGCUGCUGCUGUUCAGGGUGAGAUCAUUGGGUUCAAUGUGAAGGAGAUGGACGGUAUCGACCAGGUUGCGUCUGCGAAUAAGGUCCCGAUCUACACCUACAGUAUCAUUUACAGGCUCUUGGAAGACUUGAGGGAGCGUUUAUCUCAGCUUCUUCCCCCUCUCAUUGAGAAACACGUCACGGGUGAAGCCGACAUUCUCAAGAUCUUCAAUAUUACUAUCAAGGGUAACAAGACGAAGAACAUUGCUGGAUGUCGUAUUCACAACGGAACUAUUGAGAAGUCGUCCUUGGUUCGUGUUUUGCGUAACCGUGAGGAAAUCUGGUCUGGAAAGUUGGCUGAAUUGAAGAACGUCAAGAAGGACGUUGCGAAGAUGCCUAAGGGUAGUGAGUGUGGUAUGUCGUUCGAAGACUUCUUUGACUUCAAGGAGGGCGAUCAGGUGCAGUGUUAUACCGAGAAGGUGGUCCCGAGGACGUUGUAAGAUGGUGAAGGC